AGUCUUCCUCUCUCUAAGGUAAAACCCUUCUUCUCCCCUUCUAAAACCUCUCCUUUCAUUUUCAAAGCUUAUAUUUUCAUUCAAACGAAAACUUCUCACUGAUUCCUUUCGCUGAAAUCAAUGAGUUCCCUUGUUCUUAGAUUUGCUAAGCUUUUAAGAGUCCCUUCUCCUGUUAUCAUGCCCACCUAUUCGCUAGGGGUAGGUUUGCAAAGAAGCUUGAGGAGUUGUUACUCAACUGUGUCAUUUAACAGUGACAAUGAAGAGGGGAAGAAUGAUAAAGUGGAAGAGGAGUUUGAUGAUUUUCUUGGCGAUAGGCGCGAGUCACGGUUCCAAGGUGUGGAUCCUAGAAAAGGAUGGGAGUUUCGCGGUGUGCACAGGGCAAUUAUUUGUGGAAAAGUGGGACAAGCCCCUGUGCAGAAGAUCUUGCGAAAUGGGAGGACUGUAACCAUCUUUACUGUUGGAACAGGGGGCAUGUUUGACCAAAGAAUUAUAGGAUCAAAAGACUUGCCGAAACCUGCUCAGUGGCAUCGAAUAGCUGUGCAUAAUGAUUCACUUGGGGCUUAUGCUGUUCAACAACUUGCCAAAAACUCUUCAGUUUAUGUUGAGGGAGACAUUGAAAUUAGAGUUUACAAUGACAGCAUUAGCGGUGAAGUUAAAAACAUUCCUGAGAUUUGUGUUCGUCGUGAUGGAAAGAUUCGCUUUAUAAGGAGUGGAGAAAACAUCAAUAAUAUUUCCUUUGAGGAUCUGAGAGAGGGAUUGUUUAGCUGAAAUUCACUUGAUAUUUCGUGUUAAUCUUCCCUAAAAAGCAAGAGUAGCUGUUUCCCCUAACUUUUGUAAGAACUAUGGUUCCAGGUAGGCUGAAUGUGACAGGCCCAGACAAAUAGCUUUUGGUUCUUAUGUCUAUCCUUGACUUGUUUUGUGUACCCUUUUUUCCUAAAUUCUGUGUGAGUGUGUGUGGAUGAGGGUGGGUGGGCGGUGGUGGUGUAUACAUUUUUUUUUAUUGUAGAGGUUAUUUGAUUGAUGGGAUUUUAUAUUUGUUUUAUAUGAGAAUCAUGGUAUCAAUGAGAUUGAUAUUGUACUGAAUUUUACCA